UGGCGUGUUAUCUCCUGCUUCCCUUCCCUCCUCGCACGCAGCCUCUUCUGAACCAUGGUCUUCAGACAGCUUCUGGUCCUUGGCGCCGUUGUUGCAGCCACAACCGCGUCCUCGCAAAUCUUCGAGCAUCAUCCGCCCAUGCCACAUGAGUUCUCAUACGGCGUGGAAGCGCCGGAGACAGGCGACGUGAAGGAACACAAGCAGACUGUGUCUCGCACGGGGAGGACUGACGGCGAAUACCGAUGGCUCCAACCGAACGGCCUCUACCAAGUCGUCAGGUAUUACGUGGACGGUGACUCCGGAUUCCAGGCUCACGUAAGCGAGGAGCCAGGACCCGGUGUCGGAAACUACUACAGCAAUUCUCUGAGUGGGGAGAAUUCUGUGGGCUUUGUUCCCCCGUUGUCCCACGGCGUUGUUGGUCAUCACAAUCCCCUUCAUCCUGGCAUCAGCAACGUGAUCACGCCUCCGAGCCACGUCUCAUUUACCGGCCCACUAACUAGCCCCUUCGGUCAGACCUCCUUGAUUCCCCUGACGCCCACGCAUGUUUCUGUCUCCUCUGAUCUGGGACGAGACCAACCCUUCUCUUCCUUCUCGAGGCCUGGAAAUUCCUUCUCUUCCUUCUCGAGGCCUGGAAAUUCCUUCUCUUCCUUCCCGAGGCCUGGAAAUUCCUUCUCUUCCUUCUCGACGCCUGGAAAUUCCUUCUCUUCCUUCCCGAGGCCUGGAAAUUCCUUUUCUUCCUUCUCGACGCCUGGAAAUUCCUUCUCUUCCUUCCCGAGGCCUGGAAAUUCCUUCUCCUCAUUCUCAGUGCCUGACCAAACCUUCUCCUCCUUCGCGGGGCCUGACCAAACCUUCUCCUUCGCGGGGCCUGGCCAAACUUCUCUUCUCGAGACCCAGCCAUUCCUUCUCCUCCGUUCCAAGGCCCAGAUUUUCGCCUUGAAGUUCACCGACAAGAACAGGAUCGUAGAUGAAGGCUUGACUCUCCUCAGGCCUGAUACGACCUGCCUGUUGUAUAUAUUCUUGGGAGAAUUCUGCACGUUCUCUAUCUCGCUACAAAUGCUAAAACCCUCAAACUCACUUAUUCCUAGAAGACUGUAA